AGGUGAAUCUGUUAGUGUGAUCAAACACACUGAAGCUGUUCCCGACCCCAGGGCUGUCAAUCAGGACAAGAAAAACAUGCUCUUCUCUGGCACCAACAUCGCCGCCGGUAAGGCCAUCGGUGUUGCCAUAGCGACCGGCGUGUCCACGGAGAUCGGUAAGAUCCGCGACCAGAUGGCGGCGACGGAACAGGAGAAAACGCCCCUGCAGGCCAAGCUGGACGAGUUCGGCGAGCAGCUGUCCAAGGUCAUCUCGCUCAUCUGCGUCGCCGUCUGGAUGAUCAACAUCGGCCACUUCAACGACCCCGUACACGGAGGCUCAUGGAUCCGCGGCGCCGUCUACUACUUCAAGAUCGCCGUCGCCCUGGCUGUGGCCGCCAUCCCUGAGGGUCUGCCUGCGGUCAUCACCACGUGCCUGGCGCUGGGCACUCGCCGCAUGGCCAAGAAGAACGCCAUCGUGCGGUCCCUCCCCUCCGUGGAGACCCUGGGCUGCACCUCCGUCAUCUGCUCCGACAAGACCGGCACGCUGACCACCAACCAGAUGUGUGUGACCAAGAUGUUCAUCAUUGAGAAAGUUGAGGGCGACCGUGUGGCUCUGGGCCAGUUUGACAUCUCAGGCUCCAAGUACACCCCCGAGGGAGAAGUGUCGAGGGGCGGGUCUCUGGUGAAGUGUGGUCAGUUUGACGGACUGGUGGAGUUGGCCACCAUCUGCGCCCUGUGCAACGACUCAUCACUGGACUACAACGAGUCUAAGGGCAUCUAUGAGAAGGUGGGGGAGGCCACUGAGACUGCCCUCUGCUGCCUGGUGGAGAAGAUGAACGUCUUCAACACGGAGGUGCGCGGCCUGUCCAAGGUGGAGAGAGCCAACGCCUGCUGCUCGGUGGUCAAGCAGCUGAUGCGUAAGGAGUUCACUCUGGAGUUCUCUCGGGACAGGAAGUCCAUGUCCGUCUACUGCGCCCCCGCCAAGGCCUCCAAAGCCCCCGUCGGAAACAAGAUGUUCAUCAAGGGUGCUCCAGAGGGCGUGAUUGACAGGUGUGCGUACGUGCGUGUGGGCACUACGCGUGUUCCACUGACCGGCCCGGUGAAGGACAAGCUGCUGGCCGUCAUCAAGGAGUGGGGGACUGGACGCGACACACUCCGCUGCCUCGCCCUGGCAACGCGCGACACGCCCCUCCGCAAGGAGGAGAUGAACCUCGAGGACUCCACCAAGUUCGCCGACUACGAGGUGGACCUGACAUUUGUGGGGUGUGUGGGGAUGUUGGACCCUCCUCGUAAGGAGGUCAGCAGCUCCAUUGAGCUCUGCAGGAAAGCUGGCAUCCGCGUCAUCAUGAUCACCGGUGAUAAUAAAGGUACGGCGGUGGCCAUCUGCCGGCGGAUCGGAAUCUUCAGCGAGGACGAGGACGUUGCGGGCCGAGCGUUCACGGGCCGCGAGUUCGACGACCUGCCGCUGAGCCUGCAGAGAGAAGCGGUCAGGAAGGCCUGCUGCUACGCACGCGUGGAGCCCUCGCACAAGAGCAAGAUCGUGGAGUUCCUCCAGGGCUUUGAUGAGAUCACCGCUAUGACGGGUGAUGGUGUGAAUGAUGCCCCUGCGCUGAAGAAGGCGGAGAUUGGCAUCGCUAUGGGCUCUGGCACGGCGGUUGCCAAGUCGGCAUCUGAGAUGGUCCUCGCCGACGACAACUUCUCCUCCAUCGUGGCCGCCGUGGAAGAGGGCCGGGCCAUCUACAACAACAUGAAGCAGUUCAUCCGCUACCUCAUCUCCUCUAAUGUAGGAGAGGUCGUCUGUAUCUUCCUGACUGCUGCGCUGGGUCUACCCGAGGCUCUGAUCCCUGUCCAGCUGCUUUGGGUCAACCUGGUCACUGAUGGCCUCCCGGCAACCGCGCUGGGCUUCAACCCCCCCGAUCUGGACAUCAUGGGCAAGGCCCCCCGCUCCCCCAAAGAGCCCCUCAUCUCUGGCUGGCUCUUCUUCAGAUACAUGGCCAUCGGAGGCUAUGUUGGAGCCGCUACUGUUGGUGCUGCUGCCUGGUGGUUUAUAUACUGUGAUGAAGGACCCAUGCUCUCCUUCUACCAGCUGUCUCACUUCAUGCAGUGCACGCCCGAUAACGAGGACUUUGCGGGGGUCGAGUGUGAGGUGUUCGAGUCAGCGCCACCCAUGACCAUGGCCCUGUCCGUCCUAGUGACCAUCGAGAUGUGCAACGCCCUCAACAGCCUGUCGGAGAACCAGUCCCUGAUGAGGAUGCCUCCCUGGAGUAACUGCUGGCUGCUAGGAGCCAUGACACUCUCGAUGUCUCUCCACUUCAUGAUCAUCUAUGUAGACCCACUACCUAUGAUCUUCAAGCUGACCCAUCUGAAUGUUGAGCAGUGGCUGAUGGUGUUGAAGCUCUCAUUCCCCGUCAUCCUCAUUGAUGAGUUCCUCAAGUUCGUCGCCCGCAACUACCUGGAGCCCUAGUGUCCAAAUCCUGUAACACAUCAGUGAAAGACGACAACCUGGUGUCCAAGAAGUGGGACUAAGAGAAGAGGGGGAUCUAGACGAACAGAAGAGGAGGACAGGAGAGGCCUCUCUCUCCACAGAACGUGUGUGUGUGUGUCUGUGUCUGGUACCAGUGUGUGUAAAUGGCCAUGGGAGUGCAGAGGUGGCGGACCCUUGCGUGGCUCUGUGUCUUUACUCCAUGUAGCUAAUGACUCUUUACAGAGAGUGUGUGUGUGUGUGUGUGUGUGUGUGCGUGGGCUCUAUGUUUUGACCGAGUCUUUACCCCAUAUAGCUAAUGAUGCUCUGAGCUCAUAUACUCUGUUCUUUAAAUAAAGACAUCUGAGAAAA